UUACCAGGUGAAGUGGGAGGCUGGAUUGCAGAUCGUGCCUGACAAGUGGGGCUCUCUUCUAGCAUACCUAGAUCUGGCAGGUGGUGACUAGAUUGUGAGCCAGCUGCUGGGGGUGGGGAGGGUGCGCGUGUGUGUGUUGGCUUGACUCCUUGCCCAACUCUGCUCCUCCGCUGAAGGCCCCCGCACCUACUUAAUAUCAUCUAAAGCCUCUUCAAAGCUAUAACAUGCUGUACACAUGCCUACAUGCGUCCCAAGUCUUAGCACAGCUACACAGGAACAGGCAUUACCGUUGGCCCAUGGGGCAGCCAUGCCUCAAUGGAGGAAGCCCUUUGUGAGUGAGAGGUAUUUCUCUGCUUCUUGCUGUUUAACCCAUUCAGCUCUGCCUUCCUGCCUUGUUAAACGCUGCAGGCAGAAGGCGAUGGAGGGCAGGGGGCCAGGUGGAUUUGGACUCCCUAGGACCAGCUGGUGGAAGAACCAGUUUUCACUUUCCUGCAGACAUUUCUCCUGAGUCCUGCUAUGACAGCCCCUGUGCUGGUUGCAAGAACAAAACCAGGUAAGAAUUGAACUUGGAGAUCCGCUGUGGGGGCUCUGAAUACAGAGAGGCGUGGAAAUGGUCUAAUGUUACAGAAUGUGCAGUUCUCCCUCCCUUUCCUGAGUUGUCUGAAAUGCCAUUGUCCCAUGCCCCAUGAGACGCUCUGACAGGCAUCUGUGUAGUAAAAUCAGGGCUGUCAACUCUCCAUCAUUCAGUGGCGGUCACCUCCAACAUGCCCUUACAGUUCUCGUUCAGUCAGAUCUGCCUUUAAACCUACAUUUGUCUCCAGGGGGAGGGAGGGAUAUUUUACAGCUGGCCUGGGAGUCUUGAGCCCUGCUGGUGUGAGCAGGAGGUUCUGCUUGCUCGGGGCUUUCCUACACUUGGCUGCAGAGUGGGAAUGCUGAACAGCAGCUCUGCUCUACUAGCCUUGAGCUUGUGGAUGGAGUGAAGGAGAUCAUUUCAUAUUCCUACCCCAGAAAAAUCCCCAGUCUGGUUGUCCAAGGAGGUGAGGAUCCCUCUCUGUCCAGCCUGAGAAGACGAUAGAUAUCUUUCCCCACACAAGUGUGGCAAGGGGAAGAUCUACCCCACUGAUUCAUUAAAAACAGAAAACCCCAUGCCCACUUUCUCCCUCCCCCCCCAUACAGGUAAGAGUAUUUUGGCUAGAUUAAGUGUCUCCAAACUUUGCCUGUUUAGUUAAACUGAUGCUGGAUUUAUUUUUUUUAUUUUUGGUCACAAUCAAUUGGCACAAUAACAAAAAGCGGGGAAUGGGCAGUUCAAAGGACUGGUGAUGGGGAAGGGGUAGAGGAGUGAAGGAUGCAAACGAGAAAUAUGUAAUUCCUCUCUCUUCUCCCCAUCCCAUACUACUUUGGAUGCUACAGAUCACUUAUUGGUGUGGAAAAACUGAUGGGUAGAUCUGAUAAGGAGAUGGAUGAAACCUACCGGUAACUGCUCCUCACACUUUCAGCCCACCCCCCUGUUGACUAGCAGGUGACCACUUGAGCUUUUGUUCAGAAAACAGUCUCUGGAGCUGUGGAAAAGCAGCACCUCAGUGUCCAGGCCUGCCCUGGCACUUGGACCCAGUAAUGAGCUGCCAAAUCUUAACAACCAGUUCACUCCUCACCCCACGAGGGGGUCGUGGCCCACCCCCACCCCCGGGACUCUUGCCCCAUCCAACCCGCCGCGUUCCUUGACUCUCCCCUCCUCCCAGGGACCCCUGCCCCAUCCAUCCCCUCCCCGUCCCCUGACUGCCCCCAGCACUGAGCAGGAGGGUCUCAUGGGCCACUGUAGUGGGUGCCUACCCCACCCCUAAGAGCCAGAGGGACCUGCCAGGGGGGCGAGGUGUGGAGUCCUGAUGGUGCUUACCUGGGGCAGCUCCCAGGAAGCAUCUGGCAGGUCCCUCUGGCUCCUAGGGGUGGGGUAGAGUAGCUAGGAGGGAAGCAGGGGGAGUGGCCACUCCCCCCACUGAUCACAUCAAAAGUGGCACCUUAGGCACCGACUCCAUGAGUGCUCCGGAGCUGGAGCACCCACAGGGAAAAUUUGGUGGGUUCUAAAAGGGCUUCUAAAUUUAACAACCAAUUCCAGCAAACAGGUGCAAACCGGCUCCAGCUCACCACUGCUUGGACCCCAUGUAAGACUCCAUAUAUCAAUUGCAGGGGAGGGGUGCCAGAUGCUGGAACUGUGCUUCGGAAUGGAACAUAAGGCAUUAACAAUUGGAGGUAGAGGGGACAUCAGUCCAUGCUGAAAGAGUUGAGGCACUAGCCAGCUAAAUAGGUAUCCAGGCCCAGAUAUCUCUGUUCCUGACAUCCAUUGAAAUCAGUGGGGCUCAAAUAUCAUGGUGGAGCAGGGCACAAACCUGAUGCCACAAUUCCUUUUAGCUAACUCUAGUGCUCAGCUUGCUAAAAGGGUAGGGUGGAGUAGCAUGGACUGGAUGAGAUGAAAAUCUAGUGCUCUCACUCGGUGGAUGUGUUGCUUUGUUAUAGAAUGAGAUGGGGUGUAUCUGUGCGAGGCUUCCUCCACCCGCUGGGUGCAGGGCUGCCCUAAUCCAGAUACCUUUUGCAGCUUGGUUGUCUGUGUGUUUAUCCCACUAAUGUUAGUGUCAUCUGCUAAUUUAAUUAUAGGUGAAUUCACCCUAAGGGUGUCAGGUAGGUGUGCAGGGAGCAGCAAGGGAAAGUUAUGCACAUGUUUACUUGAAUUGGUCAAAGUCUGUGGCACCUUAAUUGAUUCUUGGACUAUGGAAACUGACCAGUGUCUAAAGAUUGUGAUAAGCUUUUUGUGGGCCCCAGCUCAAAUACAACAGGGUUAGCUAAAGACUUCCUUUUUUGCCUGUAAAGACAUCCAUGCAAUAGAAGCCAGUGAUGCAAGAGGAAGGCUGCUGAGCUGCAUCCUCUUCCUCAUUUGAGAGGCUUAAAGGUAGGUCUGGAUUCUGCCUGUUCUCACACCUUUGCAUACGGGACUAGAUCUUGUUGAUAUAUUAGCCCUGCACUGCUCUCAUAAACCAGCCUCUGGUCUUCGGAGCAGCCAUCUGAAGUUCCUCUCCUGUUGUAGCUUGGCCUCCUGUGGCUGACUCCUUCUUCUCUAACAGCAGCAGCCCUCUGUUUUUGGCCAGCGCUCGCUGCAGGCUCCUCGAGAAGAAUGAAAGCUCUUUAGUCACAGAAGCAGUGUCCAAAAUCACCCUUGGCUCAUCUCGCUCCAGCUGCAGCCAACCCUCCAGCUCCUUCCACUGCCCCCACCCAGCUCUCUUUUCCUGCCACUAGGUUUUAUAUAGCAGGAGUGGGACAGAGCAGGGGAGAUCUGUUUCAGACAGAGCUAGGUCUAGCGGAUGCCAGGGAACUUUUGUACCUUGAGCUUGUGCCUUAUCUUCCUGGCUGGAGGGGGCUGGCCCUAUUAAGUGCAGUAAAAACAAACAGCUGGCUGAUCCAAGGUCCAUCCUAUUGGGACUCUCAACUCCUCUUCCCCCCUCUUAGAGCUCCCACAGCAAAGUCAAACAAAACACCGUAUCGGCCCAAGGCCAUGCACUGACAUCCUAAGCGGGACUGUGGUCAUUCCUGAAGAACGUUGGCAUGUUAAAUAAGGAGAUCCUAAGUGGGUUUUUAAUGUAACUGAUGAUGUUCUCUGCUGCUAUCUGCUGUGUUCAGAGAAACUCUGGGAGGCCUGGAGUGGUUGGGAUAGCAGAGAAUUUUCUCAAAGUCCAGUAGAUUCAGCCUUGAGGAGACCAUUCUGAUCAUCUAGUCUGACACAGGCCUUAGAACCACCCAGUUCCUGCUGUGAGCCCGAUAACUUGUGAUGGAACCUCCAUGAUAUCGUCUAGAAACGCAUCACCUCUGGGAACCAAGCUGAGGAAGAAUCCACCAGAUCUCUUAGUAAGGUGUUCUUGUAAAAGUUAAAAUUCAGCCUGAUUUAAGGAAUCAUGCACCUCUUCCCAAAAAAGGAAAAAGAAAAAAAAAAGUCCUAAAAAUGAUGUGUCCUAAUUGCUCUAUCCCACCACUACCCACUAUUAAAGGUGCAGCUCUUGUUCCCUAUUUAGGAGCAGGUUUGUGGGGUUUGUUUUUUGUUUUUUUUUAUAUUAAGGGACAAGUGUGGGUGGCAUGGGCCUAAACAACCUGAUCUCUCUGUACUCAAAACCCUGAACCACAUUGAACUGUUUAGGGUGGGACAUUGACAGAUCAUGUUAACGUAAUUGAUUCUCUAGGCCACCAGCUCUCAGCCUUUCCAGACGACUGUGCGCCUUUCAGGAGUCUGAUUUGUCUUGCGUACCCACAGGUUUCACCUCACUUAAAACUACUUGCUUGCAAAAUCAGACAUAAAAAUACAAAAGCGUCACAACCACUUUUACAGACAAAUUGCUUAUGUUCUCAUUUUUACCAUAUAAUUAUAAAAUCAAUUGGAAUAUGAAUAUUGUACUUAUAUUUCAGUAUAUAGUAGAUAGAGCAGUAUAAACAAGUCAUUGUCUGUAUGAAAUUUUAGUUCAUACUGAUGGCGCUAGUGCUUGUUAUGUAGCCUGUUGUAAAGCUAGGCACCUAUCUAGAUGAGUUGAUGUACCCCCUGGAAGACCUCUGUGCAUCCCCAGAGGUAAACAGACCCCUGGUUGAAAACCACUGCUCUAGGUCCACUUAUUCCAUCAAAAUUAACACAGCACUAACCAACUAUACAGUUAUGCCAAAUUGGCUGCAUGAUCCCAAAUGGCAUUGGCCAGUUGCAUUCUUCCAUUGAAAAGGCCUGGUUGGCAUUGUCCAAACUCAAUUUUUAAGUAAAACAAUGUAGAAAAAAGCACUUAGGCGCGCCCCCCCCACACACACACGUAAGUAAGAGGGAGAUGCGUACUCACUACUUCUGGGGAAAUAAUUCCUUCAAUGAGUUAGAAUCCUAGCAAAAGAAAAAAGCCCAUCCCUCAAAGAAAUGGACGUUAAUAAUGAGCCUGCCCUUUCCUCCCCUUAAUCCACUCACAGACACUAACAAGUGACCUUUUGAAUUUCUUUAUCUCAAAAGGCAUCAGCUACUAGCUGCCGCAUCUUCUGCAGCCUUCUUGUAGCACGAUUAGUAUGCAGUUAUUUAAGAAUGCAAAGUCCCUUACCUGAAGUACUUAAUCUGAGGCAGUAUAGUCAAAAUGGGUGUGGGGAAGGAGAGGAAUGUAACUCAUGUCACUUGGAUUAAUUAGAGAGCUGUCUACCAGAGGGUUUUGGCUGAAGAAUGUCUGACUUCUCAACCACUGCUGAUUAGCACCAGCAACACUUGAAAUCCUCACAUGUGGGGACGCACAUUUAAAUCACAUAAUUCUUCCUCAUCUCCGAGAUGAUGGCAUUGCACACGUAGGUCCUGUGCUACUAUGAUCUGACAGUUCACUGACACCAAGAGACCAAAGUCCAAUGCAGCCCACACAGAAACAGUAGAUGCAAAUUUCCUUGAUGCUAAAACACCUGAUAUGACCAGGCUUUUGCCAUCAAGGAAGUUUCAGGUAUUGAAUUACUGAAGCACCAGAUCCAUCAGUGUUGAGUGGUGGCAUGAGACACAUACCUCCCUCUCUUCCUCCUUGUGCUCCAAGGAAUGAGCACAAUCCCACCAACUGAGCUGAUCCCUGUAAUUACAUACUGCUGCAUGGUAGAAUUGCAGCUGAGAAGUCAAAGAGUUCCUUUGGGCUGGCUGAGUUUGACCCUGCAUCUAAGCCUACCGUAUGGGAUGAUGAGAUAAAGUUCCCAAGCAUAGGCCUUCUGCUGGACAUGCAGCCCAUCUGGCUGCUGAUGCCUGACUUGUUAGACUGGAAGGCUGCUUCCUCUGGAUGGUCAGUACUGGGGGCAGUACCCUCACGAUAUCUCCAAUAAGGGGCAAUAGAACUGCCUUUAUGUAGGCAAUUGAUGAAAGGCAAGUUGGGAAUGUGCCCCUAAUGAACAUGCUCAUCUAUUACAGACCUAGGGUGACCAGAUAGCAAGUGUGAAAAAUCGGGACGGGGGUGGGGGGUAAUAGGAGCCUAUCUAAGAAAAAGACACAAAAAUCAGGACUGUCCCUAUAAAAUAGGGACAUCUGGUCACCUUGCUUCUCUUCUGAUGCCACUGUUGGGAGCUAGUAGAUCUGGUCUUUGUCAUGGGUCAAAAGACACACCAUGAUGCAGAAGAUGCUCAAUACAGUAAGAGGGGUUGAGAGGGAGGGCAGAAGUACUCCAUGGGGCCAAAUCUCCAUGGCAGAUUCCUAAUGCUGCUUAUCCUAAAACUUUAGUAUCUGCAUUUUUUCUUAUUUAUGUUGAAUACCCCUGAAAGGGGCUGAGGAGGGAGCACCUGAUGCCUUUCAGCUGCUGCUUGCUCCUUCCUGCUGGCUUUAUACAGCCUGGUGUUGAGCGCAUGAAGAUUCAGGGGCUGAGUGCUUGCUAGCCCUGAUGGAUGCUGCUCUCCGCAAGCCACAGCUAGAUGCACUUGACCUGCAGUAAGGUUCUGCCAAGCCCCAUGGUCUCAACUCAUUCAGUGGAGAUGGCAAAGUUCCAUUGUUAACUAUGGUCUGGGGUCUGAAUUUCAGACUGCACACUGUUCACCAGCUGUACCACAACUCCCCCUGCUGGCAAUGGGAGGUUUACACAAAGACCAAAGGUUAGAUAUGGCUGUUAGCUAGUAUCUAAACUUUAUUUAUUUGAUGCCUUCUUGUCAUUCAGCAUCACUCAGUGGGAAAGUAGUGGCAUUUUGAAGAGCACUGCUGUUUUAAGCCCUUUUGUCUUUGUGGCUCUCCCUGACUGUUUGUGCAGCUCCCAGGUGCUUCCCUGUACCAACCCCGCCAACGUUCCAUCCAUUAUACUGAUCAAUAUUGGCAUAGGUAAUGUCAACAUUAAGUGUUUUCAUUAGCCUUUGGCAUUGACUGUCCAUGGAGAUUAGUAAGGGGCUGCUGGGCUGUUAUUUCAGGCUGCCUGCAGACUGAGGAAAGCAAGUGUGUAAGUUACACUCGGCUCCCAUUUUAAAAUGUUUUCUUUGCAACCCUGAGAGCUAGAAACGUAGAAAAACUCAGAUUGUACAUCAUCUGAAUAUGCCACGUGGACUGUUAAUACAUGAAGCAGGCUCUGCAUUUAGCCAAGGCUUGAAAAUAAGCAUUCCUCCAAGAUCAAAAGACUAUGCAUUCAAACAGAAAAUAGAAAUCUGUAAGAGCACCACCUACUACUGUCCCUUCCAGUAGGGUAGAGAACUCCCUGCUAUUGUUAAUUUUGUCUUGAAUGAAAUAUUCAUGAUUCUAAGGCAAAGAAGAUUUGAACAGAGAGUUCAGUACAACUGAGGGUGCAAUGGUAGGAAGGGAGAAGUAGUAUUAUUAGAUUUAUUUAAAAAGAAGGGGGGGGGGAUCCUAUUCAAGAUGCUAGGUGUUGUCCCUGCCAUGAACUACAUAAACAAAAUUAGAUUGUGUAUAAAACACCCAACUCUUCUCUCUCCCACACAUCUGAUGAAUCUCAAAGGCCCACCUCCAUGGCAGUUCACACAAAUAGUCAUGUCUUGCAGUAUAUUCAGAAGUUCAAUAAUUCUGGGCUAUUUUAGAUGGGAGAGGAAGCCUGUGUCAGCACAGAGGCUGCUCACAGAAACCACCACCACCAGCCACUGCUCUUUUAAAUCAAGGAGGAUCCCACACAAAUGCCUUCACGGAUUGCAGUUGUGGCAGUGUGGCAGAGUCUCUCUAGCAGCAAUAUCCCAGCCCAUUUAGGGCUUUAUAGAUCAAAACCUGCAGUUUAAAUUCAGUCUAAAAAACAACAGCUAGCAAGGCUGAUCAUAAAUCACCAGUGACACAUGCUGCCAACAGGAAGCCCCGCUUUUAUAGAUGGCUGCUGCUUAAUUUCUGUACCAUCUUAAAUUUCCAGCUAAAUCUACUGCUAUGUGAUCAUCCAACAAGACAACAGCUUGGGAUCCAAUACAACCCCCGCUUUGCGAACACAGGUAAUGUGAUGGGGGCAUAGUCUCAGUCAAAGGGAGGUAGGAUUACUUAUUGCGUUCUUGCAUUUUUCAUAAAUAAUGGGCAUGCCAGCUUUGCAUCACAGGUGCCUUAUGUACUAUAACUCUGUUCCAUAAGCUACAACAAAUGGCCAUGCAUUUGAUCACAAAAGUAUUGCCUGAAACCACACAAGGACAGUAGGUACUGUGUGUGUAUAUACAAAAAGAAAAGGAGGACUUGUGGCACCUUAGCCCUGGUCUACACUAGGACUUUAGGUCGAAUUUAGCAGCGUUAAAUCGAUUUACUCCACCCCUGACAAGUAGAUUAGCGCUUAAAUCGACGUUGCCGGCUCGAAUUUGGGGUACUGUGGACACAAUUCGAUGGUAUUGGCCUCCGGGAGCUAUCCCAGAGUGCUCCAUUCUGACCACUCUGGACAGCGCUCUCAACUCAGAUGCACUGGCCAGGUAGACAGGAAAAGAACCACGAACUUUUGAAUCUCAUUUCCUGUUUGGCCAGCGUGGCAAGCUGCAGGUGACCAUGCAGAGCUCAUCAGCACAGGUGACCAUGAUGGAGUCCCAGAAUCGCAAAAGAGCUCCAGCAUGGACCGAACGGGAGGUACGGGAUCUGAUCGCUGUUUGGGGAGAGGAAUCUGUGCUAUCAGAACUCCGUUCCAGUUUUCGAAAUGCCAAAACCUUUCUGAAAAUCUCCCAGGGCAUGAAGGACAGAGGCCAUAACAGGGACCCGAAGCAGUGCCGCGUGAAACUGAAGGAGCUGAGGCAAGCCUACCAGAAAACCAGAGAGGCGAACAGCCGCUCUGGGUCAGAGCCCCAAACAUGCCGCUUCUAUGAUGAGCUGCAUGCCAUUUUAGGGGGUUCAGACACCACUACCCCAGCCGUGUUGUUUGACUCCUUCAAUGGAGAUGGAGGCAAUACGGAAGUAGGUUUUGGGGACGAAGAAGAUGAUGAUGAUGAGGAGGUUGUAGAUAGCUCACAGCAAGCAAGUGGAGAAACCGGUUUUCCCGACAGCCAGGAACUGUUUCUCACCCUAGACCUGGAGCCAGUACCCCCCGAACCCACCCAAGGCUGCCUCCUGGACCCAGCAGGCGGAGAAGGGACCUCUGCUGCAUGUGUUUCAAUGAUCACAGGAUCUUCUCCUUCCCAGAGGCUAGUGAAGCUUAGAAAGAAAAAAAAACGCACUCGCGAUGAAAUGUUCUCCGAGCUCAUGCUGUCCUCCCACACUGACAAAGCACAGACGAAUGCGUGGAGGCAAAUAAUGUCAGAGUGCAGGAAAGCACAAAAUGACCGGGAGGAGAGGUGGAGGGCUGAAGAGAGUAAGUGGCGGGCUGAAGAGAGUAAGUGGCGGGCUGAAGACAGGGCUGAAGCUCAAAUGUGGUGGCAGCAUGAUGAGAGGAGGCAGGAUUCAAUGCUGAGGCUGCUGCAGGACCAAACCAGUAUGCUCCAGUGUAUGGUUGAGCUGCAGCAAAGGCAGCUGGAGCACAGACUGCCACUGCUGCCCCUCUGUAACCAACCGCCCUCCUCCCCAAGUUCCAUAGUCUCCACACCUAGACGCCCAAGAACGCGGUGGGGGGGCCUCCGGCCAACCAGCCACUCCACCACAGAGGAUUGCCCAAAAAAAAGAAGGCGGUCAUUCAAUAAAUUUUAAAGUUGUAAACUUUUAAAGUGCUGUGCUUAAAGUGCUGUGUGGCAUUUUUCUUCCCUCCUCCACCACCCCUCCUGGGAUACCUUGGUAGUCAUCCCCCUAUUUGUGUGAUGAAUGAAUAAAGAAUGC